AAAAAAUACGGUGUUAAUCGGACGACGCUGUCGCUGAGGCACCAAGGCAAAAGAAGGUCUAAUGAAGCCCAGGCAGAACGCCAGCUAUUACUCAACCCACAACAGAAGUUAGAACUUGUCCAAUACAUAGAAAAAUGCACAAGGCGAGGUUUGCCACCAACGCGAGAGAUGGUAGCAAAUUUCGCCAGCGCGAUUGCGAAGUGGGAGGUUUCUGAAAGCUGGGUUACUCGGUUUCUGCGCCGCCACGCUGACCAUCUUACCACCAAAUGGAGUGCCGAGAUCGAUCGCGAGCGCCACGAGGCUGACAGUAGAGAAAGCCAUGAGUCGUACUUUGAUCUACUUCACUCCAAG